UUUUUAUAACAAUAAUAAUUGUAGUGGUAAUCAAAUGACAAUUGUUGAUACUAGUAAUAAUAGUAAUAUUGAGGGAAAUCGUGUUGUUUGUGGUCAAACAAUUCAAUUUAAUCCAAAUCCCCAAAUAAACGAACAAAUAGGGCAAAAUAUCUCUUGGCAAGUAAAUACCUCUUCUAAUGGAGCAAAUACUCCACAAGGGUUAAUAUUAUUGCAACAAACUGGAGGAGGAGGGGAAUUACCCCAACAAAUUGUUGGAAUUGGUCAAAUAAUUGGAGGAAAUGGAGGAAUAAUAAAUACUGGGGAUAAUGACAAUACAGGCCAAAUAAGUUAUGGAAGAGCGGAUAGUACACUUGGAGGGAUUGGGGUAAAUUGUGGAAAAAUAAAUGAAAUUGAAGGAGGAGGGAGUGGUGGAGUUAAUAUUAUAAUGAGUGAAAAUCCUACUGGAAAAUUUAAUAAUAUCCAAAAUAGAGGGAAUAUUCCAUCAAAAUUUUAUGGAAAUAAAAAAUCUGUUAAUGUUAUUGGUCAACAAUUAUUACAAGAAAGGUUUUAUUUUUUGUUUUACCUUACUAACAGAAAUUUUGAAAAAAAAAUUUCUAAAAUUUAUUUUAAUUUCACUUAA